AUAACGAGCCUAGAUUACCACUUAUUAGCCCAAGCUGAAGGAGCAUUAGUACAAGCAUACCCACGUGACCAGCGCCACGUGGGCCAAUGGGGUGCUCACACGUGCAGAUGUAUGUCAGCACCAAGGGGCUAUAAAUACCCCCCAACUACCUCUGAUGAAGGUGUAGAAGCAGCUGAGGACUUCAACAGUGUUAGAUUGCGAAGCUGCCCAAACAUUUGGCGUCGAGGUCGCCCCCCAAGAAAUGAAGUAGACGAACAGGAGGACACUCAACUGUCUGAGCCCGGUUUAAAUGACUUUAGGCCAAUGCCAAGAAACCUCUUCGUUGGGGGAGCCAAACAGGAUCACCUCAGCGAAACGGAUGAUGAUGAAAGAACACCAACGGGGUCAACAGAACCUGCUCGGACAACCGAGCUCGAAGAGAGAACCAGAAUUCUGGAAAUGGCAAUGGGUAAAAUCCUUGCCCGCCUGAUUCCGGACGACCCCCUGAUUCCUUUGUUGAACAGGGAUGCGCAACCAGCUACGGUUGUUGCAACUCGAAACUCCCCUGCUCUAAGCAACGUAAUGGUGCCGACCAGGCCAAGGGGAAGUGGGAAGUUGAAUAACGAACCCAGCUCGUCCAAGCAUAGUGAAGAGCUGAUGAGAAAGAACGCAGACCUUGAAAGACAGCUGCGAUAUGUGCAAAAGUCUAUUGACGAGCUGAAAAGUCCUAGGUCGCACCAACAGACCCUGGAUUUGGAUAAUGCUCCACUAAAUCUAUCCAUCACAGCAGAACCCUAUCAAGAGGGAUUCAAAAUUCCUCACCUGGAGACAUAUGAUGGCUCGGGCGACCCCGAUGAACAUCUGUACACUUAUCAAGCCAUCAUGAGAAUUCAAAAUGCAAAUGAUGCCAUGAUGUGCAAAGUGUUCCCAGCAACACUGAAAUCAACAGCCAGGAGAUGGUAUCACAAGCUCCCCAGACAUUCGAUAGAUUCCUACUCCCAGCUCGCCAAGCUAUUCUCUAACAAAUUCGCGAGCAAGAGAGAGAUCAAAUGCACGGCGACCGAGCUGAUGCAAGUUAAUCAAAAGGAAGGGGAAUCUCUGAGGGACUACAUGCAGCGAUUCAACAAAGCCACUUUGGACAUUGAUAAUGUCCCAGACACCAUCUGUCUGUCUGCAUUGCUACAUGGCUUGAAGCGUGGUCGGUUCCUAGACGACCUGCUAGAGAACCCACCCAGGACUUGGAACGAAGUGAAUGACAGGUCGAUUAGCUUCAUAUUAUCAAAAGACUUCCAGUCGUCCAAGCGACGAGCUGAUGAUAAGCAAAGCAAAAGCCAGGAACAGCCACUGAGAAGGGAAGAAAAGAAGAAACAGAAAGUCAGCGAGCAGUGGGGGAAGCCCGCUGACUUCCCCAAGUAUGCCAACUACAUUCCUUUAACCUUGCCCAGGUCCCAAAUCCUUGCACAAAUACAAAACUGGGUUAGAAGACCCCCACCCCCACUGUAUGAGUCCCCAAGGGCGGAUAAGAGCAAGCAUUGUGACUAUCAUCGUACUUAUGGUCACAACACAGAAGACUGCCAACAUCUGAAUGACGAGCUGGAGUUCUUGGCUUGCAAUGGGAAACUAGAAGGAUAUGUUCAGAAGCCCCACGCCCAGCAACCCACUCAAACCCAUUUUGUACAGGGGUAUGACCGACCUCAGGGGCAGAGGUACCAGCUCGACGGGGCACAAGAUGCAUAUCAGGACAAUCCAUAUCCUUCGGAGCAGGGCAGGGCGUACAGAGGGCGUCCGUUCAACAGGAGAGGACAGGGGCAGAGGGCUGCUGUCCAGAACCAAAAAGAUAAAAAAGGGGUAGGCUAUGCUGGGAUACCCCCGCCCUCGGGCACAAUAAACAUGAUAUCAUGUGGUGUUCACUCUGGGGGCCAAAGCGCCGGAGCUCGCAAGGCAUAUGCCCGACAGGUGAUGACUGUCAACAAAAACAAACCCUUGAAGCGGCCAUUUGAGGAAGCAGAAUGGGAGAAUACGCCUAUCACAUUCAGCCCGGCAGAUUACAAGCGAGCAGAAGGAGAGCCUGACAUUAUGAUGCCCCAUGCAGAUCCCUUUGUGGCAACGGUUCAUAUAGGCAAUCAUAAUGUCAAUAAGGUGUUUAUUGAUACUGGCAGCUCGCUAGAUAUUUUAUACUGGAGUUGUUUUCAAAAGAUGCAGCUGAAUCCGGACUCACUGCAGAAAUAUGAAGGGCCCAUAUACGGGUUUGAUAACCAGCCCGUCCCGGUCGAGGGAGUUAUUACUCUUCCUAUAUAUGUGGGCUCAGAACCGCGCUUCAGAAUGGCUUCCGUCACCUUCCUAGUUGUUAAGAUGGAAUCAGCUUUCAAUGCUAUAUUGGGAAGAGCCACCCUGUGCGAGCUGAAGGCUGUUAUCUCACAGCCCCAUCUCUGCAUGAAAUUCCCAACUCCUCAGGGGGUAGGAGUGCUGAAGGGGAAUCAAAAGAUGGCUAUAGCCUGUUAUCAAGACACGUUCAAGAAGGUCGAGCUCGCCGCAGCCCCAGCAUGUGCUGAAGGUCGCAAGCCAACCCAGCUCGGUCAACAGACGAUGAGACAUGUUUGCGUGGACUACGGACGAAAUGCCCGGCAUUCCGAUGGAGUUGACCGUCCACAAGCUCAGCACGGACCCCACCAAAAGGCCAGUGGCUUCAUCAGAAGAGUGGAGUACUCUGAAUGGGUGUCCAACCCUGUGCUUGUCAAAAAGCCAAAUGGCAAGUGGAGGAUGUGUAUUGAUUUCACCAAUCUCAAUGAUGCGUGUCCAAAGGACCCUCAUCCCUUGCCAAACGUCGAGAAGAACAUAGAAGUGUAUGUAGAUGACAUGAUAGUCACCAGCGUGCGAGCUGAGGAUCACAUUGACGACCUGGAUGAAACUUUUCAAAACUUGCGUCGAGCCCAAAUAAAGAUGAAUCCCUUGAAAUGCACGUUUGCUGUGGAAUCAGGGAAAUUCCUAGGGUACGUGGUAUCCAAGAAAGGAAUCGAAGUAAAUCCAGAGAAGGUGCAGGCCGUUCAGCAGAUGGAACCCCCCAAGACAAGAGAAGGUGCAGGCCGUUCAGCAGAUGGAACCCCCCAAGACAGUAAAAGAUGUACAGCGUCUGACAGGUCGGGUGGCUGUGUUGCAGAAGUUUAUAGCCAGAUCGGCAGAAAGGCGUUUGACGAGCUCAAACAGUAUUUGGCAUCCACACCUCUGCUGUCCAAGCCUGUCGAUGGGGAAUGUUUAUAUCUGUAUCUGGGGGUCACAGAAGAGGCAAUGAGUUCGGUCCUACUGAGGGAAGAGAAUAAGAAUCAAAAGCCUAUCUGCUAUGUAAGCAAAGUUUUACAGGGCGCUGAACAGAAUUAUCCAUUAGCAGAGAAGGCUGUUUUUGCCCUGGUGUACACAGCUCGUAAGUUGAAAGCCUACUUCCAAUCACAUCAGAUCGUUGUCUAUACCGAUUUGCGGUUGAGGAAGAUACUGCAAAAACCGGAACUCUUUGGUCGGCUUAUUGGAUGGAGCAUCGAGCUGAGUGAAUACGAUCUCAAAUUUCAACCGCGCACAACCAUAAAAGGCCAGGCCAUUGCAGACUUUCUGGUAGAAUGCAUCUCGGUGACGGAGGGAGACAAGGCACCUGAUUACCCAGCCUGGGUUCUGUAUGUUGAUGGAGCUGCCAACAUUGAAGGGUCAGGUGCUAGGGCUGUGUUGAUAGGCCCAGAUGGCUUUAAAUCUGAGCAUGCAUUGCGAUUUAAGUUCCAAACCACUAAUAAUGCUGCCGAGUAUGAAGCCCUCAUUUAUGGUUUGAAGCUGGCGUCCGAGCUGAAGGUGCAGAGCAUACGAGUUUUCAGUGAUUCUCAACUCGUGAGGUCAACCAUCGUUGAAGUGCUUGACGCCCCGAGCUACACUGAUUUCACGGUCGAGUGUCAAUUGCUAAGUACGGAUCCCUCUACACCGAGCUGGACCACCCCGCUCAUGAAUUAUCUGCAAAGUGGCGAGCUGCCUGAAGACCCAUCCACUGCAAAGUCGAUUAAACGAAGGGCAGCACAUUUCACUUUGUUAGAUAACCAGCUCUACAAACGAGCAACCUCAAUGCCCCUAUUACGCUGCCUUACUUCCUAUGAAGCUGAAUACGCUGUGAGAGAAGUUCACGAAGGAGUAUGUGGCAUGCACAUUGGUGGCAAAACUUUAGCUCGGAAACUCCUGAGGCAUGGUUAUUACUGGCCCACUAUGGUCGAGGACGCGCAGAACUAUGUCAAAAAUGUCCGACUUGCCAGUUCAAUGCUGAUGAUAUACACAUGCCAGGCGAGAUGCUAUCAUCUCUCACGUUUCCCUGGCCCUUUGCUCAAUGGGGCGUCGACCUGCUCGGCCCUUUCAUCAAGGGCAAAGGAGGCUGCAAUUUCCUGGUUUAGCAUACCUAAGCGGAUUAUUGCCGAUAAUGGGCCACAGUUCCGAGCAGCAGCAUUGAGAUCGUUUUGUAACGAUUAUGGCAUUGAGCUCGCCUUGACAUCUGUGUACACUCCACAGUCCAAUGGGCAAGCCGAGUUCGCCAAUAAAAUUGUCUUGCGGGGACUCAAGACGCGUGUUUUGGCUACACACACUAAUUGGGUUGAAAAGCUCAAUAAAGUGUUGUGGUCAUGUCGUACUACACCCAGCUCUGCUACAGGCGAAACCCCGUUCAGCCUGGCAUACGGAGCUGAGGCCAUCAUCCCCGUCGAGGUCGGAUUGCCAUCCGAUAGAUUAGAUCGUCAUGACGAUCAGAACAAUGAACAACUCUUAAGAGAGAACCUAGACCUUGUGGAAGAAAUCAGGGAGAUGUCCCGAAUAAGCAACAUGGCACAUCAGAGUCGUGUUGCAAAAUUCUACAAUAAAAGGGUUCGAGCUCGCCAGUUUCAGGUCGACGAUCUGGUCCUACGUAAAGCUGGGUUAACUAACACUUAUUCACACAUGGGCAAGCUCGCUCCUAAUUGGGAAGGCCCCUAUAUGGUUGUACAAGUUAAACGACCUGGCUCUUAUGUGUUAGCAGAUAUACAGGGACAUCAGUUGCCUUACAUUUGGAACAUACAGAAUCUUAGAAAAUUUUACAGUUAACCUAUAUACUAUUCUUUUAUUCAAGUUGUUAUUCGACAGUUGUAAACAAUGGUAUACCGAAAAUACAACAAAAAUUCAAAG